AGCAUCGUAACAGUCAACGGUUAUUCUUUUCUUACUUCUUCAUUCGUGUUUAGCGUUCGAUGCAGAGCAAAGCAUUGUAAAGGAUUGCGGUACUUUUCGACAACAUAGUAACAUUUUCAAUGUGCUGACGUUCAGUAAAUUUAGACACACUUUGACCAUUGUUCGUUGUUUACACAAAAAAAAAAACAUUUUUUGCAAACACUAUGGAAGUUGUGUGUGCAAUAUGUUGCGAGGACUACAAUCCAAGCGAUUCGAUUUUAUCGGUGCAUUGUGGACAUAUUUUCCACGAAAAAUGUUUGACAGUCUGGACAAAAAAAUCGCCCACUUGCCCAAACUGCCAGAAAAACUGCCAAUCAACACAGAAAGUGUUUCUCGAUUUUGAUAAAAAAGAUUGUACGCAUUGCCAACAGUAUGCACUGCUUAUCGAAAUCAAAGAGUCACGAAUUGACAAAUUGAAUAUCGAACUGAAAAAUGAAAUUGCAAAGAGCCGAUUGCAAUUCGACGAAUUGAAAAGAAAAAUCGCUAACACUGACAAAGUACUGGCGCAAAAAGACAAUGAUUUGGCCAAAUGUCAACAAACAAUCGAUGUGCUAAAAAGCGAAUUAAAUGCAGUACGGACCACGAAUGAUACCGAGAAUGUAGCGCCAAAAAAUGAACGGACCGAGAACACCGACAAGGCUGCUUUGAUAUUGCGCGAAAAAUCCGAAGAAAUGGCCAAAGUGCAGAAAUGAUUUGAUGAUUUCACAUAUUUUCAUCAAUUUCAAUAAUGUAAUUAUUUUCGCAAAGGUUGAUAUGAUAAUAAAGAAAAUGUAUGGCCCAACUCA